CCUCUUUCUUUUAAUUCUUGAAUUAUUCUGCUGCUGGCGUGUUUCUGUCAACUUGCUGGCAAAUUUUACAAUUUUCAUUAAAAAAAGUUAUAAAUAAUUUCUAAAAUCAUGUACGGUGGUGACGAUUACGGCAAUCAGGAUCUCUAUGAUGAUUACGGUCAUACCGGUGAUCCACAAUUGGAUAUGGAAUACGAACGCAAUUACUAUUCCAAACAAAUGCCGGAAAAUGUCAAGUAUUUCUUGAUUAACUUUUGCCAGGCCAUCAAGGAGGGAGUCAUCUUUGACAUCCAGAACAUGUAUGAGAACACCUUCCCCCAGAUCAGUGAUCACCAUUUCGAUAAGAGUGCAUGGCCCGAUGAGCAAGAAGUUUCCUCAUUGGUUGAACACGAUAAAGUGUUCUUGAUUUUGUACAAAGAAUUGUAUUAUCGCCACAUCCACGCCCGCAUUCCAGGUGGACCAAAAUUGGAGCAGCGUAUUAAUUCAUUCUUUAAUUACUGCGAUUUCUUCAAUCUAAUCAUCUCAUCGCCAAGUCCAGUGUUACUUGAAUUGCCCGACAUUUGGCUUUGGGAAUUGGUUGAUGAAUUUGUUUAUCAAUUCCAAAAUUUUGCUCAAUACAGAGCACGUCUAACAGACAAGAGCCAAGAAGAAAUUCAACAGCUCAACAUCCAGCACAACAAUGUUUGGAGCAUUCUCUGCAUCUUGAAUGUAUUGCAUUCCCUUGUAGACAUCUCCAACAUCAAGAAGCAAUUGCUAGCAAUCUCUCAGGGAAAUGAUCCCCAAACUGUUGCUGGACAAUUUGGAGAACAUUCCUUCUACAAGAUGUUGGGUUACUUCUCGCUGGUCGGACUUCUUCGUGUCCACUCUCUGCUCGGUGACUAUUACCAAGCCAUCAAAGUACUUGAACCAAUUGAGAUUCACAAGAAAUCGCAAUAUUCCCACAUCCCAGCAUGUCAAAUAUCCACAUCCUACUAUGUGGGAUUCGCUUACAUGAUGAUGCGUCGUUAUGCCGAUGCUAUCCGUACUUUCUCGGACAUUCUCUUGUACAUCCAACGCACCAAGCAGUUGUACAGCACUCGCUCGUAUCAGAAUGAUCAAAUUAACAAGCAAGCCGAACAAAUGUACCAUCUUUUGGCCAUUUGCUUGGUUCUGCAUCCACAAUGCAUCGAUGAGUCGAUUCAACAAGUCUUGAGGGAAAAGAACUACCAAGACAAUAUGUACAAGAUGCAAUGUGGUGACUUGGAAGCAUUCAAAAUGUUCUUCAUUUUUGCAUGUCCCCGAUUUGUCAGCCCAUGCCCACCAUCUGCAGAUGCACCCAUGGAGGAUUAUGUCAAGGAUCCAAUGGAACAUCAAUUGCAGGUGUUUAUGGAUGAAGUGCGUCAGCAAAAGGACGUUCCAACUACAAGGUCUUAUUUGAAAUUGUACACCACCUUACCAUUGGAAAAAUUAGCUUCAUUUAUUGAUGCUAAGACCGAUGAUGAAAUCAAGACCCUGCUUAUUCGUUUAUUGUGCUUUAAGCACAAGAUGAGGAAUUUGGUCUGGACAAAGGGUUCAAGUGGUCUGGAAGGACAAUUCCAAUCUGGAUCUGAACUCGAUUUCUAUAUUGAUAACGACAUGAUUCAUAUUGCUGAUACUAAAGUUUCGCACAGAUACGGUGACUUCUUCAUAAGGAAAAUUUUGAAAUUCGAAGAUCUUAAUCGCAAGCUUAAAAAUAUUACAAUUUAAAAGGGUGGAAACCUUGCAAGUACAUAAAUUAUUUUCCCAAUUUGUAUUUUAAUAAAAAUAAGACGGAAAUAUGUUUCUUUUUCAAUUAAUUAAAAUAAAGAACAUCAAAAGAAAAAGAAA